UUAUUCGAAUCUUAACGACAACCUUUGCUUUGACCUAAAACCUGAUUCCGAUGACUGUUUAUCGAAAAGCCGUGCAGCUCACGUGCAUCUUGUUUAUAUAAAUAAUAUCCUCACUCCCCAAAUCUCACCACCCAAUCAACAAUUUAUCCCCUCCAGAAUUCAGAUCUAAUCUGCUACAAAUUGCUAAAAAAAAAAAAAUUCUAAAUUCCCAAUUUGCUUUUUCUUUUCUGUUUUGGAGGAAUUUUUUAGCUGAUUCAAAUGGCUUGUAUUGGAAAUCGGAAUCUGUCAGGACGGCGUCAAUCGAGCCGGUUGCAGAGGAGGGCGCCGCCGUCGAUUCAGAUCAACCCGGUGCCGGAGUGGAAGGUGGCUAUACCGCUUUUAUCGCCGUUGGUUCAGUCGCCGGACAAUCUGAAGGCUGAGAUCAACUCUUGUACGAGCAGCGAUAAGGGAUCGGCGGCUGUGGCAGAGAAGCCGGCGGCGGUUAUGAAGAAGUGGCAGCACCCUGCGGCGCCGUUUUGCUAUGAGCCGGCUCCUCCGUUCUUGCCCUUUGUUUGUACAGGAAGCUUAGAUAGAUAGUUGGUAAUCUUAUGUUCCUUUUUUGCCCUCCAAUUUUUAAGGGGGGGUUUUCUGUUGGUACAGUGACCUUUGCUGCAGUUUUGUGUUUUGAUACAUUUAAGAAUUACUUUAAAUUU